AUUCCAAAAAUUGCAUUGUGGGAAAGACAUUAGCGCUCCAUUUUAUUUUUAUAAUAGACUUUCAUAAUUUCUGUGACAAAAAUGUCGAAAAGAAAAAAGAGCGCAGCUCUAAUCGAUUCAGAUAGUGAAGAAAGUGACAGUGGAUCAAACAUUGAUGAAGAUCUGAAAGCACUGGCUAAAAGUAAAAGGAAGCGACCCAAUUCUGAAUCUCAAAACUCAGCAGCAGCAUCACAGAGUGAUUCCGACUCCGAGACAUCUGAAAGUGAUGAUGACUGGACAGUAAAUGGCAAAGGUAAAAAGAAAAAGAAGAAAGGAAAAGCUGCCAAAAAGACCAGCAGGAAAUCCUCAGCAUUAUCUUCUUCAGAGAGCGAAGCUGAAAGUGAGAAACAUGUUUCUGAACCUGAGGAAGGUGAAGUGUCAGAAUCUGACAGUGCAGGUGGUAACUCUGGGUCUGAAUAUGAAUCUGAUAAAGAAACAUUCAAUGAUGGCUAUGAUGAAAACUUAAUUGGAGAUGAAGAAGAUCGAUUACGCCUCGAAAAAAUGACAGAAAAAGAAAGAGAACAAAUUUUGUACAACAGAAUAGAAAGAAGAGAAGCUCUGAAAACAAGAUUUGAUAUAGAAAAGAAACUACGUCAGGCUAAAAAACAACAACAAAAGAAAAAAGACAAGCAGUAUGCUGAGUCUUUGUUAGACAGGUCCACAAGUCAAAGGAGUAAAGAAAGACGGAAAAAUAUUGAAGAGAAAAAAGAUUCAGGAAAAUUUUCUGUCCUCAAAGAAAUAAAGGCCAAGAGAGAAGAAAAAAAGAGACAAGAAGAGGCCACCAAACAAAAGAAAUUAGAAGAAAAAAGGAAAAAGACGCUGAAAGCUGAUGAUAUUUAUUCUGACGAUGAGGAUGAAGAUGAUGAUAAUGAAGAAAAUGAGGAAGAUGUUCGUAAAGAGAGUAAAAUGGAGGUCCAUGAAACUAAAUCUGAAUCAGAAUCAUCAAGUGGUGAAAGGUCAUCAGAUGAGGGGUCACAAUCAGAAAACGAGUAUUAUAAUUACCAGAGAUCAAAGAAAAAAGUCCAGUAUGUAUCUACAAAGGAACAAAUGCAAAAAGUCAGACUGUCUCGGCACAAAAUAGAGAGAUGGGUACACAUGCCUUUCUUCAGGAAAACAGUGCAAGGUUGUUAUGUAAGGAUUGGUAUAGGAAACCAUGAAGGCAGAGCUGUAUAUAGGGUAGCAGAAAUAAUAGAUGUUGUAGAAACUGCAAAGGUUUACCAAUUAGGGACAACUAGAACAAAUAAAGGUUUAAAAUUAAGACAUGGUCAUUCAGAAAGGGUUUACCGAUUAGAGUUUGUAUCAAACCAAGACUACACAGAUUCAGAAUUCUUUAAAUGGAAAGAGGCCAUGUUGUUAGGAGGUCUAACUUUACCAACUGUAGAUGAUAUUGAAAAAAAAGUCAAAGAUAUCGCAGAGGCGGCUAACUAUAAAUUUAAGGAAAAUGAUAUCGAAGAAAUUGUAGCAGAAAAACAAAGGUUUAAAAAGAAUCCUCAUAAUUAUGCUGUUAAGAAAACUUCUUUAUUGAAACAAAAGGAAAUGGCGGACAUGGAAGGUGAUGUUGAUCAACAAGGUAAACUUCAGCAAGAAUUAGAAGAUUUAGAGGAAAGGGCCACUGAGUUAGACAGACGACGGUCACAGAAGAUCAACUCUAUCAGUUACAUAAACCAGAGAAACAGACAGCGUAAUUUGAUAGAAUCAGAAGAAGCCUGUAAAGUUGAAGUGGCAGAAAUGAAAAAUAAAGUAGCAGAUCCAUUUACCAGACGACAGUGUCGUCCAACCAUGGUAACCAAGGUUGGUUCACAGGCAAAAGAACCAUUGAAAGAAGCCAAAGAAGGUCAACUUAAAAACGAAAGCCAAUCAUUGAACCACAAACUCCCAUCAUUGAAGGGUGAAGAUCACAGAGAUCAUAGAAAGAUAUCACCAUUAAAAACUCCAGAUAAAAAGCAACAAGAUUUAUUUGCUGAUCAUGAUUUUGAUAUAACAAUAGAUCUUGACGUCACCUCAUCAGCUCCAUCAAUGAUUGUUAAUAAAACCAGUGAAACGAGUCGUGAAGGAGCAGCACCCAAACGAUCCCUUAACCUAGCCGAAUAUAAGAAGAUGAAAGGACUAAUUUAGUACUAGUGUGUAUGUGUGUGUGUGUAAAUGUAUGUGUAUAAAUGAUGAAGGAUGUUUGAGUUGGUGUGUCUGAUUUGAAUCAUGUGUAUGUGUGUUGAUUUAUCAUUUCAUUUCAAAAUGUGUGUUUUCACUACAGAAAUAUCAUGUUAAUCGUUUUUAUAUUAAGUAUAUCUUGUUUUAAAGAAGGACAUAUAGAACAUAUAAUUCAUGUAAGAGAGUCUGAUAGGUAAAUUCUCUGUCACUUACAGUAUCAUUAUAAAAACUUGCUUCAUGGACCAUAUUUCAGCAUUAAUAGAUCAAUGAUGUGGAAAGAAAACUGACAUUUUAUUUAUGAAAAUUUCAAGGAAAGAUUGUGUCUUUUGCCAAAUCUGUAAUUUUAUAUUGGUUCUGAACGUUUAAAAUGUAUACUUAUAUCUGUAUUUUUGUAUAUGUACAGUCCGUCAAUUAUCAGUUUUUUGUUUCAUAAUAUUUUCAUAUAAAUAAGGUUUAUAUAAAACCCUUUCUUAUAUUCAACAGUACAAAUGUACAAAGUAGGAAAUAGAAAAUUGAACUUACACAAUAUUUCUUUUCACAUAAACUGGGAAUAUAAGUGAUCCUUCAAAAGAAUGAUGACUAUUGGGGGUCAAUUUGAUUUUGAUGACUGUUGGAAAAGUGGGAGGGUGGUGUUCAAAAUGUUUUUAUCAUAGGCCAGUCUAUAUUUCUACCAGUAGGCAGCUAGUCCCCCUUUUCACAAAUCUCUGAAGUAAGAGCCUUUAUUAAUAAAUCCACAGUAAAUUGUUAUUCGACUUAUUUAAGGUGGUACCUAACACUACAGGGAGAUAACUCUGUAAAGUCAGCUUAACGUUUUAAUUACGUUGUGUUGCAAAAGGAAUAUUAAGCUUCUCAAUGAUCAAAAUUGGUGUUUGCCAAAUUGCUAUAUAACCAGUGUAAUUUUCUGACAAAACGGUUGGUUCAAAACAUUUUAAAUUUUUAUAUUUUUGUUAAAGUGUCAAAGUAAAUACUUUAUCAAAAUUUUCUGAAAAUUAAACGAGCCAAAUUAAUUUUAGUGAAAGUGUUGGGUACCACCUUAAUGCACUAUGUUUUGUUUUUGUAUUUCUCCAGCCAAUUAAAAGAUGCACAGCUUCCGGUGAUAGCAACAUAAUAAAAUAUGUAAUCUCAAUAUAAAUAUUUUUGUUAUAUAAGUGUUUGGCUGAUUACCCCACACCGAUUGUGUACAGUUUCUGAUUCUGAUUUGUUCCAUUUUUGUUCCAUUAUCUUACCCUCAGCACUUUUUUUAUUGAACUGUUUUAUAUUGCAGUGUCAAUAAUAAGCUCAAAUUUACAUGUUACUUUUUUUCCUUAAUCUUUGAAUAUGUGAAAUGGAUUUCAGUAU